AUGUCGGGAGGGAGAGACCCACUGGUCGUCGGCAGGGUGGUCGGAGACGUUCUGGAUCCGUUUACCAGAUCCGUGGGGCUCAGGGUGAUUUACAACAACAGGGAAAUCAACAAUGGCUGCGAGCUCAGGCCUUCUCAUAUCGUCAGCCCUCCUAGGGUUGAGAUUGGCGGAGAUGAUUUUCGCACUUUCUACACUUUGGUUAUGGUGGAUCCUGAUGCUCCAAGCCCAAGCAACCCAAACCUGAGGGAGUACCUACACUGGUUGGUCACUGACAUUCCAGCAACUACAGGAGCAAGCUUUGGAAACGAGGUGGUCUGCUACGAGAGCCCGCGUCCGUCGAUGGGGAUCCACCGCUUCAUCUUCGUGCUGUUCCGCCAGCUCGGGCGCGAGACGGUCUACCCUCCAGGAUGGCGUCAGAACUUCAACACCCGAGACUUCGCCGAGCUUUACAAUCUCAGUUCGCCGGUCGCCGCCGUCUAUUUUAAUGGCCAGAGGGAGAGCGGCACCGGUGGCCGGAGACGAUGA